AUGGCUGGGCACGAUUAUGAUGAACGAAUUCUUAAUGGUGAAGAAUGGACAGUAGAAGCCCUUGCAGUAAUACAUGAUGUCAAGGACCAUGUAUUGGAGAUAGUUAUUGCAGACAGAUCUGUCAAUAAUGAUCAAUUAAUUCACAUGAAUCUGACUACCAAAGAGAAACAACGUUAUUGCAUUGAACUGACUGCCCAAGGAUUUCGAGUAGUUGGUUAUGACUACAAUCAAACAGAUGUUUCAUCCGAUGACUACUUUGAAACACCCUACGCUUUACUCGACAAACUUAGUCCUUUGUAUCGACAAGCAUUUGGAGAUUCUCUAGUUUCUAAACUUUUGUUGCUACAUUCGUCUCGAAGACAUAGCAUGGACAACGAACCACAGCUAGAUGAUUGA